UAUCAUGUGAUUUCGGUUAUGUGCAUUCAACCACAAAGGCAUAUCACGUGACAAAACAUCACAUGACUCCCAAGCCGACUGAAAACAUUGUUAUUAAUGUUAUCUCCAUGGUCCGUUGUAAUUUAAUAUUAAUAAUAUUCAUCACAGCCAUAACCACUAAAGAAUAAAGAUAGGCCUAUAUUUCUUCUCACACCACCAUGGAAUUUUCAUUGAAGUAUUGUUUUCUAAUUUGUGAACUUGUUGUGAUCUUUACAAAUGUUGAAUCUUUGCACUUUGGUCACACUGUUUCAAGUGCCAAGAAACUUCUGCCACUACAAGAACCAUACACUUACAGAACUUAUUAUUAUGACCAACAGCUUGAUCAUUUAGGAUUUGCCACUAUGCAGAAAUUUAAACAAAGAUAUCUUCUAGCUGAUCAGUUUUGGAACAGAAAUAACGGACCCAUAUUUUUUUAUACUGGAAAUGAAGGAGACAUAGACUGGUUCUGUAACAAUACAGGAUUUAUGUGGGACAUUGCUGCUGACUUUAAGGCAUUACUUGUGUUUGCAGAGCAUCGCUAUUAUGGAGAGUCAUUACCCUUCGGACCAGAAACUUACCAGAAUGUUUCCAAUUUGAACUACUUAACAUCUGAGCAGGCUUUGGCAGAUUUCGUUGAACUGAUCAAUUACUUGAAGACAAAUCUUCCAGGCGCUGCCAAUAGCUCAGUUGUUGCAUUCGGUGGUUCUUAUGGUGGCAUGCUAGCUGCAUGGCUUAGGAUAAAAUAUCCCAACGUGGUAGUUGGUGCGCUUGCUGCAUCAGCUCCAAUUUGGCAGUUCACCAACAUGACACCUUGCAAUGCUUUUUAUGACACAACUAGCGCAACUUGGCUACAGGCCUCUGCAACUUGUGUAGACAACAUUCAUCAAUCCUACAACACGAUAGAUAUGAUUGCUUCUUCGGUAGGAGGUUAUGAUUUCAUCACGAGCACAUUUGGCCUUUGUACACCCCUCAAGUCCAAGUAUGAUCUUAUUCCUUUUGUGGAAUUUCUAAAUGAUAUGUAUGUCAACUUUGCAAUGGUCAACUAUCCAUAUCCUGCUGAUUUCUUGGCCCAGUUGCCUGCUUGGCCUGUUAAGGUGGCCUGCAGUUUUCUCAAUGAACCAUUGCAAGGGAAACCACUGCUUGUAGCAUUGUCCAAGGUGAGCAACCUUUACUUCAACUACACAGGCAGCACAAAAUGUGUCAACUGGACAAGUACUGAUAGCACAGGAUCGCUGGGAUACAAAGGCUGGCAGUAUCAGAGAUGUACUGAAAUGGUGAUGCCUAUAUGUAGCAAUGGAACAAACAUGUUUUGUAAUAUUCCAUGGGACCUCCAACAAGUGAGCGAUAACUGUUAUAGCCAAUUCAAAGUCCGUCCACGAGAAAACUGGGUAGCUUUAGAGUACUGGGCUAAAGAAUUGAAGACGGCAACUAAUAUAAUUUUCAGCAAUGGACUUUAUGACCCGUGGUCAAGUGGAGGUGUGAUGCAGACACUUUCAGACUCCCUGAUCGCCAUACAAAUUCCAGAAGGAGGACAUCACCUUGACCUUAGAGGCAAACACCCCCUGGAUACACGUGCAGUCAUUAAUGCCAGACUUGAAGAAACAAACAUCAUUCGCAAUUGGCUCAAGCUAACCCCUGUUCAAUGAAAUUUGUGUGUCUGUGGUUUUUAGAGCAAUUUAUUUCCCUUGAUCAUUUCAUUAACAUGUGAGAACCACAUAAAUAUUUAAUAAUGAUU